GUCUCAUUUCUCUCUUUGCUGUCGUACUGACUCUUCUGUGAAUAUUUGGAUCAGUAAUCAGUGCAGAACUAAGGGAAAUACUUUCAACAAGGAUUUUUGUGAAGUUAGUUUCAGAGUAGACAGCAGAUCUUUGGUGAUUCUGAUGGUUAUUCGUUCUUGAAAGCAACAUUCAGAAAGUGAAAGUAAAGUUCAGAUCGUCUUUUACAAACAGUUAAAAUGGCUUCUCUACCUGUGGAAGAUCUCUCUUGUCCCGUGUGCUGUGAAAUCUACAAGGAUCCUGUUUUACUGUCGUGUACUCACAGUGUGUGUAAAGAGUGUCUUCAAAAGUUCUGGAAAACCAAGAGGACUCAGGAGUGUCCCAUCUGCAGGAGAAGAUCUUCAAAUGAACAUCCACCUUGUAAUCUGGUGUUGAAGAAUUUAUGUGAUUCAUUCCUAAAGGAGAGAUCAGAGUGUGAGGAGAUCUGCAGUUUACACAGAGAGAAACUCAAACUCUUCUGUCUGGAUGAUAAACAGCCGGUGUGUUUCGUGUGCAGAGAUUCACAAAAACACACCAACCACAAAUUUCUCCCCAUCUGUGAAGUUGUUCCAUCUUACAAGAAGAAACUCAAUACAACACUGGAGUCUUUACAAGAGAAACUUGAACACACUGAAAACAUUAAAGGAAAGUGUGAUGAAGCAGUUCAACACAUCAAGACUCAAGCUGAGCACACAGAGCGUCAGAUUAAAGAGCAGUUUAAGAAGCUUCAUGAGUUUCUCCGAGAUGAAGAAGAAGCUACAAUCACUUCACUGAGAGAGGAAGAGGAGCAGAAGAGUCAGAUGAUGAAGAAGAAGCUUGAGGAGAUGAACACACACAUAUCAGCUCUUUUACACACAAUCAAAGACAUGGAGGAAAUGAUGAAAUCCAAUGACGAUGUGUCAUUUCUAAAGAACUUUAAUGUGACAAUGGAAAGAGCCCAGAUCUCACAGCCGGAUCCACAGAUGACUUCUGGAGCUCUCAUUCAUGUGCCACAUUACUUGGGCAACCUGACAUUCAGAGUCUGGAAGAAGAUGCAAGACAUUGUCCACAAGACUCCUGUGAUUCUGGAUCCAAACACUGCAAAUCCAUUUCUGAUCCUGUCUGAUGAUCUGACCAGUGUGAGAAACAGCUGGAACAAUCAACCGAUUCCUGAUAAUCCAGAGAGAUUUGACUAUUAUUACUGUGUUCUGGGUUCAGAGGGUUUUAAUUCAGGAACACACUGUUGGGAUGUGGAGGUUAAAGACAAUAGAAACUGGAUUAUUGGAGUAACUACAGCAUCAAACCAGAGGAAGGAAAGUGUUUUCUUCAACACUGAUGUCUGGAGUGUGUGGUAUAAUGAGUCUGGAUUAUUCUCACUAUACAUCAUUAAUCCCUCCACUGCGUUUCAUGUCACACAAUAUCUUGAGCGUUUGAGAGUUCAUCUGGAUUAUGACGGAGGAAAAGUGUCAUUCUCUGAUCCUGUAACUAACACACAUCUACACACAUUCACACACACAUUUACACACACACUCUUGCCAUUCUUCUGGAGUUAUAAUAAUCUGAAGAUUUUACCAGUUCAACUGAUGGUGACAGAAAAUCACAGUUCUGACUGAUUGUGAUUAUCGAUGAUAAAAUAAGAGAAUUUAAGUGAAAUCAUUGUGAAUUGUGAAACACUAUGAAUUGUUGAUCUUUGUAAAGGACUGAUAUGAGGUGAUUUUAGACUUUAUUCUUUUAUCUGUGUGGAUGCGGCAUCACACAAAAGCAGAAGGUUUCAGUUACAGAUGUCAUUGUAGAAAUACUCCAUUAACAGCUGUAUUAUUUUCAUAAUGCACACAUGAAGUCUUUAAGUGUCUGAAUAUGUUGUGAAGAGUUUACUUGUGCAUUAAACACAUGUUUAAGUGUCAUUUAAAACUCUCCAGAGAAAUAUCUCGUAACUUACACUUAAACACGUCCACUCAACUUCUGUGUCUGUGAUAUCUUCUCAGUGAAGUGAAAUAAUUCAACACAAACAUUCAAGAAUAUAUACAGUAGAAAAUGAGUAUUAAAGAGGGUUUCGUCAAUAACAACAUUGACAGAAAUCACAUGAAAAUGUCACAAGAGUUUAUUCAUCAUUAAUCAUCUGUAUUUGAUUCACUGAUAAUAAUUAUAAUCUUAUCAGAACUUGUUCUUUCAGUUUCUGUGAUUCUGGAGCACAUCACUGCAGUUUUCUUCUUUACAUUAUUUCAUGUCUUAUGAAUGUAUAUUCUGAUAUAUAAUCACCAAUAAUCAUAAUUAUUUAGGCAUUUCAAGAUUCAUGGAAUUCAACUUUUUAUCAUAAUUUAAUCCAAAAUGAAACCAAGUGAUCAAAUAUGAAUCAUCAAACAAUCAAUUAAACCACCAGAGGCUCCAUCACCUGGGGAUUGACUUCAACUCUCUGGACUCCAUGUCCCAUAAUCCCCUUACCUGUCAAUGAUUACCUGUUCACCUGUGUCAAAUCCUGUCAGAUAUUUAAUUCUCACACUCAUUCUCUGACAUUGUGAAGUCUUGUUUUGCCCUGGCUGCCAUUACUGAGUGUUCCCUGUUUUCUUUGCAUUUCCUGUGUUUGAUCUUGGACUAUUUACCCGGUUUUGACCCGUUGCUGCCUGCCCCGAUCUCUUGCCUGUUUAUUGAAUACCUGCCUCUGAUAUUACUGCUGCUGGUGAUUUACUCCUGCCUGUCUGUAUUACUUCAUUUAUGUUAUUAAAAUCUGCACUUGGAUCUCAA